AUGCGGGCGCCACUCUGCCUGUUGCUGCUCGUCGUCCACACCGUGGACAUGCUCCCCCUGAACCGAAGGAAGAAGCAAGUGGGCACUGGUCUGGGGGGCAACUGCACGGGCUGUGUCAUCUGCUCAGAGGAGAACGGCUGCUCCACCUGCCAGCAGAGGCUCUUCCUGUUCAUCCACCGGGAAGGUAUCCGCCAAUACGGGAAGUGUGUGCAUGACUGUCCCCCCGGCUACUACGGCGUCCGCGGCCAGGAGGUCAACAGGUGCAAAAAAUGUGGGGCCACGUGUGAGAGCUGCUUCAGCCAGGACUUCUGCAUCCAGUGCAAGAGGCGGUUUUACCUGUACAAGGGAAAGUGUCUGCCCACCUGCCCUCCGGGCACCACGGCCCAGCCGAGCACACGGGAGUGCCGGGAGGAGUGUGAGGUGAGCCCCUGGGGCAGCUGGAGCCCCUGCACACACAACGGGAAGACCUGCGGCUCAGCCUGGGGCCUGGAGACCCGCGUGCGAGAGGCCAGCCGGGCCGGGCAGGAGGAGGCAGCCGCCUGUCAGAUGCUGUCCGAAUCAAGGAAAUGUCCCAUCCGGAGGCCCUGCCCAGGAGAGAAAAACCCCAACCAGAAGAAGGGCCGGAAAGAUCGGCGCCCGCGCAAGGACCGGAAGCUGGACGGCAGGGGGGACGGCAGGGGGGACGGGAGAGAAAGUGUUUCUAAGAGCAGGGCGCAGGCCACAGCCCAGGCAGGCUUGUUGAGUCCUGAGCGCUCUGCUUCUGCUCCAGAGGAGACCACCGAAUCCAGAGCUGUGGGGGCCUCCAGCUCUGGCCAGUCCCUGGAGGCAUUUCCACAGCCCUCGGCCACCAGCUUCCCUGGGAACCCCCUGGAAGAGGCACUGAAGGCUUCCUGA